ACGAUUAUCCACUAGCCUCUGACUCCCCCCUUCGUUGAAGAAGCGCAGAAGAGGCUCAACUUGAGUCAGAGUGACGAAGAUGGUAAGCCAUGGAGCUAUUCGACCUCCCUGCAAUUCUACUCCCUUUCUCGCUCUUCACCGCACCACCACUACGCUCCUAUCAUUCCCAACGAAGACCCAACUCUCUUUGGUUUCAAACACGUGCUCGUCUUCUUCGCUUUACUCGGUCUUUUGCGGAAACCACUCCUUCAUCUUUUCAUUGCCGCAACCCCAUCUCUAUUCUCGUGUUAUUUGUGAACGUAGACAUUUUGGAUUGGGUGGACGUGCUUUGAGUGAUCGUGGGAAAGUUGGCAUUGGGCUUCCGGAGAUGGAUGGCUUUGAUGACGUGGAGGAGGAGGAUGAGUUUGAUGACGAUAAUGUGGAUGAGGAGGAGGACGAUGAGGUGUUGGUGCCAUUCGAGAAUAUGAGACAGUGGCUGAAGAACAAGCCGUGUGGCUUUGGUGACGGGAAGAUGUAUGACACCUCUGUUGAGGACAAGCUGCUUGAAGAAAUGGAGCAGAGUAAACAGGCACAGGCUACCAAUGUCAUGAAGCUUAAGAACGACCCCAUAAAGCCCAAUUCCAUGAAAGACGCUCAAAAGAAUAUAGCUCCUGAAGUUGUUCCAAGUGGCGUUCGGGUACGAGUUGUCAACCUUCCUAAGAAAAGGAACAUCGAUAGGGAUUUGAAAUCAGCUUUCCGAGGAACCCUUGGUCUACUUAACAUAAUCCCAGCAGUUUCUGGGAACAGGAAAACUAGGGACCCCGUCUGUAAGGGUUUUGCUUUUGUUGAUUUCAGGUCAGAGGAGGAUGCAAGAAGGUUUGUACAAAUAUUUUCUAGUCAAAGUAUUAUGUUUGGUAAAAUUGAGAAGCAGAUAAAAUGUGAUAUUAUGAAUCCACGGUCUCCAAGUUCUUCUCAUGUUCAAUCAACAGCCAUUUCCAAUUCUGCUUCCGAGUUGAGAGUUCCUGACUUUGAAGGAUACCAAACAGAUUCCAACGUGGAUGAUUCUUCUCUGGAUUCAUGGGAGGAGAUUACCUCGGAUGAAUCAGAUAACCCAGAUAAUAAGCUCAUAGGAGCGAAUGUAGGAGACAUCAGAGAGGACCUGAAAUCGAUCAGUGCAGUGAAGUUAAAUAGUGUUGAUAGUAUGGAAGCAAGGACAGAUCCUUUAGCUCAUUCAUUCUCUUCAAAGAUAGAGAGAAUCCCGGCACCUGAGAAGCAGCUACUUGCUCAAGGGAAACGAGAGAAGGUAUCUGAGAAAAAACUACAUGUGAAAGCAAAAGGAGAAAAGGCUCCUGCGAAAAAGCCAGUAGGAAAAGAAAAAAGAGAAAAAGUUCCAAAGUUGGCCAUUCCAGGGUCCGCGAAGAGGUUAAAGAUCAAGGAGAAGGCUGUCCUUACUGAUGUUUUCUCUAAAUAUGGAGCACAAGCUGCUUUUGCUUCAAAGGAAGGGAGUUAAUCACUCCAGUCUUGAUCAGUUUUUUAAUAGACCUAGUCUUAAUCAUUUGGAAUUUGAUAAGAUGAGACCAUUACUAGUAAUAUAGAUAUAAAUUGCAAAAGCAUCAAGAAACUAUGGUCUCCAUGAAUCUAUUGUUGUUUGCCUUCCGA